UCCACGAGGAAGGAUAAUACACAAGCUCCCACCACUUGUUCUAGUUUCCUGGCUCCCCAGCCAGCUGCUCUGACCCAUCCUUCCCCUCUUCUACUCCUUUUCCAUUCGCCUCAGUCCAUUCUCCUUUUCUCCUUUUCCCAUUGCAGUUGUGCUUUUCAGGGGUCUCUGUGUAUUUUCUUGGGCUGAGCAAUGUGUUGUUCAGUGGGUUUUGCCAGGUCUUUGGGUCUGGCUUUGUUGCCUUUGGCCCUCUGUUGUAUCGUGGCCAACCUGCUGCUCUUGUUUCCGAUGGGAGAUAUGACAUACAUCAAACUGGGCCGCCUGGCCAGCUACACCUGGUACUUUGGUGGACUGGGCGGUGGAGGACUGCUGAUGCUCAUUCCUGCAGUAACCUUCAUCACUUUGGGAAAAUGCAGUUGUUGCUGGAAUGAGAGCUUGAUGAUGUGUGGGUCAGUGUUGGCUGCUGUGGUUGGCCUAGUUGGAUCAAGCUAUUGCUUCGUCAUUUCAGGCCUCGCCUUGAUGCAGGGUCCCCAGUGCUUCACGUCUCUUGGGUGGUCGUACCCCUUUGCAGAUCAGGGAGGCAGGUAUCUGCUGCAGCCAGAGUUGUGGUCCGUGUGCCUCCAACCGGUACACAUUGUUGAGUGGAACGUGACUCUGCUGUGUGUGCUGUUGGGCCUGGCAGUGUUAGAGUUCAUCCUCUGUCUCUUGCAGCUUGGCAGCGGUUUAGUCAACGCUGUCUGUCGGCCUUGUUGCUAUAAGCAGGAGUACAGUUUAAACGCUUAGACACACUCACAGUCAUCGUGCAUGUGACUAUGUCAAAUACACACUUGCGACAACAACACCCAAGUACGCUAAUGCUCACGUCUGCACGGGUGGGGGGUGGUCCACUGCACAUCUCUAUUUGUGUGUGUUUGAGCACAAUACACACCCUCAUUACAGAGAGUUUUACAACUACACAUUUGCAGUAUAAAUCAUUAAAACUACGAUAAUGAAGAUGUAUUGAGUUGGUUUAGUGCGCCACUCAGACAUUGAUUAAGGAAGCAACGUGUAUUCUAUUUCUUUUUCUAUUAUUAGCAUAAUAUACUUUAUUUCUUACAAGCUAAGAAACUAGACUGGAAGAAGAAACGGAUGGGAAAAAACACAAUUAACUCACCAAACCCUUGUUAGUUUACUAAUACACUAAAGAUGCAUUUUCUUAGUUUCAGUUGAAGUUUAUCAUCAAUGUGCCAGAUGUAUUGCUUCUAUUCAGUUGCUUUGGGUGGUUAAUUUUUUUGUGUGUGUUUGUACAUUUGUUCUUAUUUUUGAAGUAUUAUUGUUGUACAAUAAUGUUUUUCUUUGUCCCCAAAAUGUUAGUUCAGUGUUCUUUUGUAUAUAUAUAUUUUAGUGACAUAUUUUUUAUAUAAUGUAUGUAUGUUUGUUCUAUCUUGAAUUAAAAAAAAAUGAA